AUGUCGCUUUUAUGCGCCAAAUCAGGUGAUAUAGGCGUGACUCGGUCUAAAUCAAACACAACGACUACGUCAGGAUUCCAAGUUUCUUUCCAGCGAAGUCGACAACGCUUUUGUGCCUUCUCUGUCUCGAUCGUGAUCGUUCCGUUGAUGAAUCGAACAAGGGAAAAGAAGAUGAAAAAUCGCGCAGUUCAAGACGAUAAGCUUAGGCAACAGUCAGUGGAAAUCGAGGGAUCAGGAGGUGCACGGAGAUGUAACCUAGUAACUAAUGACGUCACUCACCUAUAUGAUGACGUCAGUACUGUUUAUGAGGCGUUCUUAAACGGCAUUAAAGUCUCAGGUGAUGGACCCUGCUUGGGUUCCAGGAAGGGAAGUGGACCAUACCAAUGGAUGUCGUAUUCUCAGAUCCACGAAAGAGCAGCUAAUCUGGGAUGUGGACUUCUGGAAUUGGGCUGUCAAUCAUCACAAGAAACUUAUAUCGGUGUUUGGUCUAAAAACUGUGUUGAGUGGUUUCUAACAGACAUGGGUUGUCAGAUGUUCUCCAUGGUUACCGUACCUAUCUAUGAUACACACGGCCCAGAUGCAUGUAUCUAUAUCAUACAACAAGCUAGCCUUAAGGUCAUCGUGUGCAACACAGAUAAAGUCAGCUUUCUUCUCGAAAAAGCGAACGAGUGCGACAGCUUAAAAACCAUCAUCUUGAUUGGGGGUCCUGUGGACGGGAGUACCUUGGCAGAAGCCGACGAACUGGGGAUUAAAAUCCAUAUCUUUGAGGAAAUUGAGGAACUUGGAAAGAAUAAUAAACACCCUAUUUUGCCCCCCGGACCAAACGAUGUGCAUACAAUCAGCUGGACCAGCGGUACUACGGGUUAUCCUAAGGGCGCUUUGGUAACCCAUGGCAACAUCAUUUCCAACAUGGCAGCCUACUUGUUUAUUAUAAAACAGGAUGGAGUGGAGUUAAACGCGCACGACGUUCACCUCUCGUAUCUUCCACCAGAACACAUGUACGAACGCUGCACACAGGUUCUGAUGCUGUCAAGUGGAGCGAGAAUCGGGUUUUCACGAGGGAAAAGAGAAACUUUGAUGGAAGAUUUCCAGGAGCUAAAACCCACAGUCUUUUCCGCUGUCCCACGCCUAUUGAACGUUAUUUACGACAAAGUCACAGCUCAGGUCCUGAGAAGCAAGCUAAAGAAGUGGAUAUUUGAUAUUGCAAUGCACUCCAAACAACAAGAUCUCAAAAGAAACAUCCUUCGAAAGAACACUAUUUGGGACCGCUUGGUAUUCAAAAAGAUCCAGAACCUUCUUGGAGGUAACGUGCGUAUCAUCACGUGCGGAUCAGCACCACUGUCAGCCAAUGUUACCACGUUUAUCAGAUGUGUCAUGGGAUGCUAUCUCCAGGAAGGAUAUGGCCAGACAGAGACAACAGCUAUUGUGACGAUGCAACGACUUAGUGAUUUCUCAACAGGUCAUGUGGGAGCUCCAGCACCAUGUAAUCAAGUCAAACUUGUUGAUGUGCCUGAGAUGGGCUACUACGCCAAAGACGGCCAUGGGGAGAUCUGUGUGAAAGGACAAAACGUGUUCAAGGGCUACCUUGGGAAUCCAGAAAAGAACGCUGAAUGCUUUGAUGAUGGUGGGUGGUUCCAUUCUGGGGACAUCGGACAGUGGAAUGAGAAUGGGACUUUAAAAAUUAUUGAUCGCAAGAAACACAUCUUCAAGCUCUCUCAGGGGGAGUACAUAGCACCAGAGAAGAUCCAAAAUGCCUACCUACGAAGCCCUUACGUUGCACAAGUAUUUGUACAUGGGUACAGUCUAAAGUCAUGUAUCGUCGGUGUCGUGGUUCCUGAUCAAGAGAUGCUGUUCGCCUUGGCAAAAAGUAAAGGGAUUCAAGGAGACUUGAAACAGCUCUGCCAGAAUCAGACAAUACGUAAGCUGAUCCAUGAUGACAUGUUGACUAGAGGCAAGGACGCGAAGCUCAACUCCUUAGAACAGGUUAAAGCAAUCUAUCUGAGCCCAAACUCGUUUACCAUCGAAGAAGGACUCGUAACACCGACAAUGAAAGUAAAGCGACAAGCAAUGGCGGCUUAUUUUGAUGUCAAAAUCCAGCAGCUCUACGAUGAAUUGGAAGCUGGGCAGAUAAAGAAAAACCUUGGGGAAAGGAAAGGAUGGUAGAGGGACGAGAAAACGACUACUGGAUGAUGUAUCUAUUUUAGAGAAGACUGGUAUCCAACGCCUAUCGCAUAGAAUUGUGGGAUUUACUUUCGAUUUCUGGAUGAUUCCUACCCAAGAUCCCAUGCCAUAUGAAUCCGUAAUCAGUCUCUUUUGAAUUUUGAAGGAUUUUCAUGAUUUCCUAUUCGAGACCAAGUGCAAUUCUCUUGAGAAUGAAAUUCUUUGUUUGAAUUACAUCCAUAUUCGUGUGUCUUCUUGUGCACAAACAUUUAACAAAGAAAUUAUACUGUAAGGGAAUGGCACGUGGUCU